AUGGAUAAAUAUGAGUUGCGUUGGGGCCGGGUCUUCACUUGUCAAGAGGAGGAAAGGCCGCGGCACGGACUCCCCGUCGUGCCGGCCAGCCGAGAGAUAGGGGUGGUGCAGGGUGUGACGGGCGGCGGCAGACUCGGCACACCGACGAACGGCGCGCCAUGGUGGAGAAACACGUUCCACGUGCACAGCGACGAGCACCGCCACCCGCGCGACGAAGGGGUGUUCCGCUCCCAAGAAGGGGGAGGCCGGCGACGUGAUGAGCGAGGCCGCUGGCGGGCGAGGGAGGGAUUCUCGCAGGUGCAGGGAGAAGGCUCUGACGUCCGCCAGGUCAAGCAGGAUCUGCGGGCUGAGCGGACGCGGGAGGAGAGUGACAAGGAGGAUGAGCAGGAGUACGGCGACGAGCCGGUGUAUGAUGACAGGCAAGGGUACGGCAGUGGGCGGGCGCACGGCGACGAGCCGGAGUACGGCGGUGAGCAGGAACGCGGCGAUGAGCCGGAGUACGGCGGCAAGUAG